GGGGUACUGUGAAGGUCCUAUGGGAAUUGAAGAGUUUUCACCAAAGAGGGAUUUGAAUUCUGAAAAAGAAAUGGAUGGGAAAAGUGGAAGCGGUCCAUUUGUGCACUGUACUGGUACUGGAAUUGCUGAGGAAUUUGUGAUAAGAUUCGCACAAAAAACGAAGUUGCUGGCAGAAAAUGUGGUUGAUGUGAUAAAUAUGUGUGAAGAAGCUCCGAGGAGUUUAACUGAAUCAGAAAAGUACAAGAAAUUGCAAGAAGGUGCACAACAGUUGAUUGUGCUAGGAAAGAUGAAAAGGAUGGUGGAUGAUGGAGAAGAAGUUGAUAUAAGAAGCACUGCAGAGAUAGAAGACGUUGCGUUUUGGGCGGAAACAAUAAGUGCAGUUGAAAGAGUUGAAAGAGCGAAUAUGAAGAAGUAUUUGUACGCGAAGGAAUUGGAAGAGCUGCCGUCCUUUUCAAUAGGACUGACACAAGAAAAACAGACACAAUGGGGGAGCAUAACAGAAUUGUGUGAAGAGAUUGAUAAAGAAGUGAAUGAUGAUAUGCUGAAGAAGAGGGUAAUCUGAGACGUGAGGCAUCAGGGGGAACUGAAGCAGGUGUUGAGGUUCAUGGAGAAAUGAUGGUUGAAAGAAUGCAUGGAAAAGAAGCAUUUGUUGAGGUUCAGGUAGACGAAGAUAUGAGAAGUAAGACACCAAAUAGUAUGGAACCCGUUUUUGAGGUUCAAUUGGAAGGGGAUGGGAGAAGUAAGAAAGGGAAAGGAAAGGAAGUUGUUGAUGAGGUAACAAUGAAAGGUGCAAAGAAGAAAUUGGCAUUAGGAAGAAGUACUUAUUUGAGGCCAAGAAGGACAACUAAGGCUUCGGAAGUAAUAAAAUCGCCAUUCAUUGCAAGAGUUGUUGACCCAAAUGACACAGCAAAUGCACAAGAAAAAGGAAUAUGGAAAUGGGUGAUGCAAAAUGCUACUGAUAAGAGGGAUGACAUACUUUUCAAGUACAAGCAGA